CGCUCCCGCUCUCGGACCCACCACUAUCACCGCCUUCGGAAACCGGCAUCAGCACUCUGGCCGGCGCCUGAGCUUCCAUUGAGGAUUUGAUCGGUGGAUGUCUGAGAGAAUAACACUGAUGGUGGUUCCCAAGGUGAUGAAGCUCCAGCAUCUCAUUGCAAUUGGUGUUUAUUUUUUCCUGUGGCAUCAGUGCAGCACCUGAAGAGGACCACGUGUUCUAGGAGCAAUUCUUUGCUAACUGCCUUUGAAGAGUAAUUUGGGAAUGGAAGAAGACCAAAGGGAGGCAGUGGCAAGUCUGACACCUUUGGCAGUAUCUGCUGAUGAUCCACAGAGCAUGUCAGAUGUUCAGCAAAACCUAUCAGAUGAAGAUGCUUUUAAACUUCUGUGGGAGAUGAAGAUGCGAAAAAGACAAGGGAAACCAAAUCUACCAGAUACUGUUACUGAACUUGGCACAGAAGAUGGCUGCAAAGUCUAUCUAGUUGGCACAGCCCAUUUCAGUGAGAGUAGCCGAAAAGAUGUUGUGAAGACAAUUCAAGAGGUACAGCCAGAUGUGGUGGUUGUGGAACUAUGUCAGUACAGAGUCUCCAUGCUCAAAAUGGAUGAAAAAACAUUAUUAAAGGAAGCCAGAGAAAUCAAUCUAGACAAGUUGCAACAAGCUAUAAAACAGAAUGGAGUAAUGUCUGGAUUAAUGCAAAUGCUGCUAUUGAAGGUCUCUGCACACAUCACUGAACAGCUGGGCAUGGCCCCAGGUGGUGAAUUCAGGGAGGCCUUUAAGGAGGCUGGAAAAGUGCCUUUUUGUAAGUUUCACCUUGGGGAUAGGCCCAUCCCCAUCACUUUUAAAAGGGCCAUUGCUGCACUUACCAUCUGGCAAAAGGUUAAAUUAGCCUGGGGUCUCUGUUUCCUCUCUGAUCCUAUCAGUAAAGAUGACGUAGAAAAGUGCAAGCAAAAAGAUCUUCUAGAACAGAUGAUGUCAGAAAUGAUUGGAGAGUUUCCUGACCUUCAUCGUACAAUUGUUGCUGAACGGGAUGUUUAUCUAGCCUACAUGCUGAAGCAAGCAGCAAAGCCAUUAGAACUACCUCUGGCUUUAGGACCUGAACCCAGUCAGCAAAUACCAUCUGUUGUGGUAGGAGUCGUUGGAAUGGGUCACAUACCUGGAAUUGAAAAGAACUGGAAUAAUCUACUAAAUAUUCAAGAAUUGAUGAGUGUUCCACCGCCAUCAUUAGCUACUAGAGUGAUCAAGUUUGCUGUUAAAGCAAGUCUUAUGGGACUCGUUGGUUAUGGCUGCUACCGUGUAGGAAAAGGGACCAUUCAUUUAAUAUUGUCAAGGCCAUUUAUACAGAGUUACCUCCACAAAUUUACAAAUUAAAUAUUCUAACUGAGAGCAAAAAAGUCGGAAGAUGACCUUUUACUUGGUGAUUAAAAGAAGUGCUGAAGGCAAAUAUGCAGGAAAUUUUCCAAUGUGUUUGUAUUAAUUCUUUGAAGUCAAUAACGUGAAUGAUACAUGACAUGAUGGAUGAACUUUCAUUACUUAGAAGCUGCACCAUCUGGGACAAGAUGUAAUCAGUUAGAAAAUUUAUCAAUGCCAUUCUGCAUAAAAGCACCUCCUUUCUAACUUUGAGGACUCCUGUAACAUGAAUGGCUUUAUUUCAGUCAUCAAAUUAAUGUAUUUUUAAUUCCCAUCAGUUUUGGGGUGGUGGGGAAAUUAAAUUUGCCAAUGUGCAUAUUUUGAAAUAUUGCAAUAGUAAUAUCUAUUUUAAUUUAAAACAACAUUAAGAGACCCAUGGUUCAACUGUUACUUUAAAAUCAUGUUCAAU